AUGCCGCAGACCAGCGGCGUUGCAGAACACGCCGCCAUCAUGAUGGGUUGCUGGCAUAGUUGCGAUCGGGCGUCUAGGGGGAUCCAUGUCGACUAUGUCACGCCCCUGAAGGCCCCCAGGGACCCGGGAUGGGCUUUGCCGGGGGCCAGCCCCAUGGCCCAUAUGUGGAGAGACCCCCUCGUCAAAGUCAACGCGCAUCAGGACGAGGACAGCAUCUCGGAUGCUGAGACGAGGGUCUACUGUAAAGGCCACACAUUAGCAGACUACUACGCUGGGCGGGCUGCCAGGAGCCACGCCAUUUCUGAGGGCACGCCAGCGCCCUGA